AUGGGGACAGAUGGAGAUGGAGUGGCAGGGAGACAGCCUGGUCACCUGGUGAGCUGGAAGGUACACCUAUUAGUCCUCUACCUGACACCUAGACCUGGCAGCUGUCAUGAGCACCCCAGAAAGCGCUUCAUUCCCACUGUGGCUCAGCACCUCUUGGACAGGAAGAGCCUAGAGGUCCUGCAGCUCCUGCUGACUGAAGAGGAAACCUGGAAACAGUUUGUGGCAGAAGUUGAUUUGUCCAGGGAAGAGGAAGCUGCCUUGCGAGUGUCUCUUGCAGAGAUCUUUGCAGAUCCUGAUGGAAAAGAUGAAGAUGAGCUCCAAAUUGACCUGCAGGACAAGAAUGAGAGAAAAGAGGAAGAUGCCUUGAGUGAAGCCCUGGAUGAGACCGUAGCUGAUCCUGAUGCAGAAGAUAAAGAGGAGAUCCAAAAUGAUCUGUGGCACAAGGAAAGGUUCUUGGAUGCUUAUCCUCGGGUGAAACUGGAGCUUGAGGAGAGCAUCAGGAAGCUCCACGCCCUGGCAGACAAGGUUGACAAGGUACACAGGGACUGCACCAUCUCACAGGUGGUGGCCAGCUCCAGCAGUGCUGUGUCUGGAGUCCUGACCAUCCUUGGUCUGGCUCUGGCACCUGUGACAGCAGGAGUCAGUCUGGCAUUGUCAGCCACUGGCUUGGGGCUGGGGGCAGCGGCGGCUGUGACUAGUGUUUCCACAAGCAUUGUGGAAAACAUAAGUGUGGUGUCUGCUGAAGCUAAAGCCAGCAACCUGGAGACAACCAACAAAGACACAAUGAAGGGCAUGAUAGAAGUUUUGGAUCAAAGUGGCCCCAGACUUCUUUCUGUAUCUACAAAUACCAUCCAGAACAUACAAGGCAUCCAAAAAUGCAUUAAUGCCAUUCAGUUGGCCAAAGCCAACACUAGCCUAGAAAAUAAUGCCAAGCGUCUCAUGACCAUAGGAAAGACAUCAACCGAAACCACUAAACAGGUGCAGAAAGCCUUUGGAGGUACCACUCUGGCAAUGACCAAAGGAGUCCGAAUCAUGGGUGCAGCCACCACAGGUUUCUUCCUCUUGCUGGAUGUGAUCAGCCUUGUGGAAGACUCGAAGCAUUUGCAUGAGGGUGCUAAGUCACAGUCUGCUGCAGAGCUGAGGAAGCAAGCUCAGGACCUGGAGCAGAAGUUACGGGAGCUCAAAAAGGUUCAUGACAGCCUGAUUCAGUGACCUCUUUCUCUUCCGUGCAGCUCAGAUGACUGAGGAGGGAGUGUGCUGGACAGAGCCAUGAACACAUGGGAGCCUCUGACUGUACCCCUUCACAGCAGUGCCUGCUAAAGAGAGAGGGCACGUUAAGAUACAAGAAGCCAGAACAGAGAUGGGACAAUCUCAUGACCUCUUACCAGACUCCAGCUCUUAGAUCCAUCAACCUCCCAACGAAGAUCCGCCUUCCCAAGCUGAGGAGCGCAUCCAUGUCCUGACUAAGCCACAGCAUGGCUGCUCCUGAGCUGUGCCCACUGCACUGCUCCCAGCUCAGGCUCUCCAGGUCCACUGAGCUGUCAAUCUUUCCAUGGCUUUGUUAUUGAUGGCACAGAGACCUUCUCCUCUUUUCUUCUUCUGCCUCAUUGUGUGUUUAUACAAAUAUUUCUCAAUCUUACAGUCAGACUCUGGUUGUGAAAGUCAUUUCCUGUUCUUGGUUUUGGGUAGUCACAUGAGUGCCAUUGGUAAAAUGCUCAAGGCUAGAAAGAGAGGACACUGGUAAUACCACCUGUCCAGUCAUCACAAGUUCUUUUCCCUACAUGCCACUGUGGACGCUAACAGAAGGAGAGGUGACAGGGUAUGACUGGUGAACCCUUCUCUCUGCCCAGACUCCUGGGAAAAUCAAAAGCUUUAAUGCCUAUUGCAAGCUAAAAUCUGCUGUAAUUGGAUGAGAUCUGGCAAGAUGAAUAGGAUGGGCUACACUUGCUCCAUAAUUUUUGAAGAAUAAAUUUGUAAAAACGGA